AUGAUUGAGGGGGCAAGGUUCCACAAUAUGUUAGGUGGUGGUGGUGCUGGCAUCGGCGGCGGCAGAGGGAAGCUGGAGAACGAGGGCAACGGCUUCUACGACAUGCCGUAUUACCACAAGGUCGGGGAGAGCUCCCACAUGUCGGUGGACAGCGCGGACAACAUGAACUCGAUGAACUACGUCGGCGGCUCGGUCGCCAUGUCGGUGGACAACAGCAGCGUGGCCUCCAACGAGUCCCGCACCGUCAUGCUCAACCACCCGGGCCUCCGUGAUGUUCCCACACCAAACUAUUCGGUUUGCAACAGCGUCAUCUAUCCCAACAAGGCUGCCGCGUCUGUCCUCAAGGAGGAUGCGUUGGCUCGGGUUUUGAUGGACCCAACUCAUCCAACGGAGAUACUCACUAACUACGAGGCGUGGACCAUUGAUCUGGGGAAGCUGGACAUGGGGGCUCCUUUUGCUCAGGGGGCCUUUGGGAAGCUGUAUCGGGGAACGUAUAAUGGGGAAGAUGUUGCCAUUAAGCUGCUGGAGAAGCCUGAGAAUGAUCUAGAGAGAGCACAGUUGAUGGAACAGCAGUUUGUGCAAGAAGUUAUGAUGCUUUCCACGUUGAGGCACCCAAAUAUAGUAAGGUUCAUCGGGGCAUGCAGGAAGUCGAUUGUUUGGUGUAUCAUUACUGAAUAUGCAAAAGGUGGCUCUGUCAGGCAGUUCCUUGCCCGAAGGCAGACCAAGUCUGUGCCCCUGAGAUUGGCAGUGAAACAGGCGCUUGAUGUUGCCAGAGGAAUGGCAUAUGUGCAUGCCCUGGGAUUUAUUCACAGGGAUCUGAAGUCAGAUAACCUUCUAAUUUCAGCAGACAAAUCCAUCAAGAUUGCAGACUUUGGAGUUGCUCGAAUCGAGGUAAAAACCGAGGGAAUGACUCCAGAGACAGGAACCUACCGCUGGAUGGCACCGGAGAUGAUCCAGCACAGGCCUUAUGAUCAUAAGGUCGACGUGUAUAGCUUUGGGAUUGUGCUGUGGGAGCUCAUGACCGGCAUGCUCCCCUUCACAAACAUGACAGCAGUUCAGGCCGCUUUUGCCGUGGUAAACAAGAACGCCCGCCCUGCAAUCCCGCAAGAUUGCCUGCCUGCUCUGAGCCACAUCAUGACGCGCUGCUGGGAUGCAAACCCUGAAGUCCGCCCGUCAUUCAACGAGGUCGUCACCAUGCUCGAGGCUGCCGAGACGGACGUCGUUAGCAACGUCCGUAAGGCACGGUUCCGCUGCUGCAUCUCCGAGCCCAUGACCACCGACUGA